AUCGGCUGAUACUACACGUCAGGUGUGUUCGACCGCUCCUUGGGAUGUACACACCGUUCUUAGCCAGUUCUCCCAUCAUAUGAACCACCGCAGAGCAAACAGAGGAGUCCGAAUCGUCCAACCAUUGGAUGAGUUGGGGAGUCAAGUUCCCAAUUGGACCAAUCAGAUCGGCUGA